UGUGUAUUCGGAACGAGGUGUCGGUGGUGUGUAUUCAGAAUGAGUUGUUGGAGACGAUGGUAGUGUGUGUUCGGAAUGAGGUGACGGUGAUGUGUAUUCGGAAUGAGUUGUUGGAGAUGAUGGUGGUGUGUAUCUGGAAUGAGGUGUCGGUGGUGUGUAUCCGGAACGAGGUGUCGGGGGUGUGUAUUCGGAAUGAGGUGUCGGUGGUGUGUAUUCGGAAUGAGGUGUCGGGGAUGUGUAUUCGGAAUGAGGUGUCGGUGGUGUGUAUUCGGAAUGAGGUGUCGGUGGUGUGUAUUCGGAAAGAGGUGUCGGUGGUGUGUAUUCAGAAUGAGUUGUUGGAGACGAUGGUAGUGUGUGUUCGGAAUGAGGUGACGGUGACGUGUAUUCGGAAUGAGUUGUUGGAGAUGAUGGUGGUGUGUAUCUGGAAUGAGGUGUCGGUGGUGUGUAUUCGGAACGAGGUGUCGGGGGUGUGUAUUCGGAAUGAGGUGUCGGUGGUGUGUAUUUGGAAUGAGGUGUCGGUGGUGUGUAUUUGGAAUGAUGGGUCGGUGAUGUGUAUUUGGAAUGAGGUGUCGGUGGUGUGUAUGUGGAAUGAUGGGUCGGUGAUGUGUAUUCGGAAUGAGGUGUCGGUGGUGUGUAUGUGGAAUGAGGUGUCGGUGGUGUGUAUUCGGAAUGAGGGGUCGGUGAUGUGUAUUUGGAAUGAGGUGUCGGUGAUGUGUAUUCGGAAUGAGUUGUUGGAGACGAUGGUAGUGUGUGUUCGGAAUGAGGUGACGGUGAUGUGUAAUCGGAAUGAGUUGUUGGAGAUGAUGGUGGUGUGUAUCUGGAAUGAGGUGUCGGUGGUGUGUAUUCGGAACGAGGUGUCGGGGGUGUGUAUUCGGAAUGAGGUGUCGGUGGUGUGUAUUCGGAAUGAGGUGUCGGUGGUGUGUAUGUGGAAUGAGGUGUCGGUGGUGUGUAUUUGGAAUGAGGUGUCGGUGGUGUGUAUGUGGAAUGAGGUGUCGGUGGUGUGUAUUCAGAAUGAGUUGUUGGAGACGAUGGUAGUGUGUGUUCGGAAUGAGGUGACGGUGAUGUGUAUUCGGAAUGAGUUGUUGGAGAUGAUGGUGGUGUGUAUCUGGAAUGAGGUGUCGGUGGUGUGUAUUCAGAAUGAGUUGUUGGAGACGAUGGUAGUGUGUGUUCGGAAUGAGGUGACGGUGAUGUGUAUUCGGAAUGAGUUGUUGGAGAUGAUGGUGGUGUGUAUCUGGAAUGAGGUGUCGGUGAUGUGUAUUUGGAAUGAUGGGUCGGUGAUGUGUAUUUGGAAUGAGGUGUCGGUGGUGUGUAUUUGGAAUGAGGUGUCGGUGGUGUGUAUUUGGAAUGAGGUGUCGGUGGUGUGUAUUUGGAAUGAUGGGUCGGUGAUGUGUAUUUGGAAUGAGGUGUCGGUGGUGUGUAUUUGGAAUGAGGUGUCGGUGGUGUGUAUUUGGAAUGAGGUGUCGGUGGUGUGUAUGUGGAAUGAGGUGUCGGUGAUGUGUAUUUGGAAUGAUGGGUCGGUGAUGUGUAUUUGGAAUGAGGUGUCGGUGGUGUGUAUUUGGAAUGAGGUGUCGGUGGUGUGUAUUUGGAAUGAGGUGUCGGUGGUGUGUAUUUGGAAUGAUGGGUCGGUGAUGUGUAUUUGGAAUGAGGUGUCGGUGGUGUGUAUGUGGAAUGAGGUGUCGGUGGUGUGUAUCUGGAAUGAGCUGCCAGUGGAAAUGGUGGGGUGUUUUUGAAAUGAGCUGCCAGCGGGCACCUUAGUAACACUUAAAAUUCACUGGACUGGUACAUGGAAAGGGGAGGUGAACAAAGUUAGCAGCCAGCUGAGGGCACAUGGGACUAGUUUGCUACGUAACACAGUGCGCAUGGCUGAACUCAGCUAAUGGUAUGAUUCUAAAUACUGUCCUUUCCAGCAAUACCCAACCCCAAAAAAUUAAUUUAAAGAUGUGCUGACAUACUACUGCAUUGUACAAUGCUAAUGUGAAGAAACCUGAAGUCUUGUUUCAUGUGGAUAAUUGUGUGGUUUAAUUAAUCAUGUGGAAAUGCUGUGCUAUUGUUUUAACUUGACACAGUAGCCACCAUUCAGCUCAUUGAGUCCUGCUGACUCCUAGAAGAACUGUCCAUCAAUACCACUCAUUUUCCUUUACAGGAAGUCCCCGGGUUACGUACGAGUUCCAUUCCUGAGUCCAUCUUUAAGUCAGAUUUGUACACAAGUCGGAACAAGUACAUCCAGUAUUAUUUAGCGUCAGUUAGUCAAACGUUUAUCUUAGUAUAUAGUAUAUAUUUUACCUUUCUAUGCAUAUAAAACACUUAAGAAACGUAUGUAUUUCAAUAAUUAAACCACUGCAUUGCUUGGUAAUAAUUGUAGCUUUCAUCAGGGCAGGGCCUUUCACAUGCUCCAUUAUCCUCACUUUAUCCUUUAAAAUUGUUCCGAUUGUUGACCGACUGUAGCCUAAUGACCGAUGGCGUUUCAGCCCUUUCCAAACGCUUUAUUAUUUCCACUUUAUUUUCAAUCGCGAUCGCUUCCUGUCAAUGGAACAGAAACACUGCGGGCGGUGGGUCCAGAGCUGCACCGACUCCCGAGGUCCACUGGGUCCUAAGGACCGCCGCUCUGAAUCCCCCGGGUUCGAAAGUCUAGCGCACUGAGACAGGCUAAAUGGGUAUUUGAUCCUCCACAAUAUUCCGUGUGGGAAUUUAAACCGGAGGUGGCAGUGUUUUUUUACGAGGUCGAGUUGCGAGUUCGACAUCAAUCUGGUACGGAUGGUACGGGAGUCACUGGAUCAACAUCAACACAGCACGGGAGUGGUCUGUCACUGGAUCGAACUCGCAAACCUCCGUUCUCCAGCCCGGCGCUGAUCUCACUGCACCACCAGCUGACCAAAACGGUGGGGGGGGGGGGGUCAGCGUGAAUCUUACUAAGAAAAAUUUAAGCCAAAUACAAAGUUAAACACUCAACACAGUGUCAACAGCAACGACUUAAAAUGGCGGACGGCGUUCUCCUUCCUCGGUUCGUAAAUACGAGUUGUCCGUAAGUCCGACGUUCGUAACUUGUGGACUCUCUCCCUUUGAUUCUUUUACCAUUUACAUUCACUAGCAGUAAUCCACAGCAUCAAGUAACCUUUGAACAAAACCUUAGCAUGUAUUAGGAAAUCUAAAUAUCCAGGAAUAACCCAUGGGGCCAUAAAGAGAAUGUAGUGACCACACACACACACUCCAGCACCACCUGUGCAGCCCGAGAAUAAUGUUAACAUUAGAAGUGGGGAAGUGGUGCCCCGUACAGAGAGGAAAUCAGCACAAUCUCAAUGGUGCACCGAUAGCACACACCAGAGGGCAUAUGUACAAAAUUGAGGGAGGGAAGUUUGGGGGAGACAUCAGGGGUAAAUUGUUGUUGUUGUUGUUGCUGUUUUUCUUAAAUAUAUAAACACAGUGGGUUGUGAGUGCCUGGAAUGACUUGCCAGGGAUGGUGGUGGAGGCUAAAACAUUAGGGGUAUUUAAGAUCCUCUUGGACAGGCACAUGGAUGAAAGAAAAAUCGAGGGUUAAGGGGUAGUGUGGGUUUAGUACUUUUUUUUAAAGGAUUAUAUGGGUUGGCACAACAUGGAGGGCUGAAGGGCCUGUACUGUGCUGUGAUGCUCUAUGGUGCUAAGAAUCAGACCACACAGUUUACCCUGUCUGAGCUGCUGCACAGUCACAGUCAGCACUUCAGACUGCCUUCCUUCAAUACCGUUCAGCAGACUGAGGGGGGAGUUUUGA